AUGUCAUUCCAAGGAGUCCCCGACAAGAUGCUCGCAGCACAAGUUAUUGAAUUCAACCAACCCUACAAAAUCCACCACAUCCCCACUCCCCGCGGUCCCCUCCACGAACACGAUAUACUCAUCCGUGUAGCCGCAGCAUCUCUCUGUCACACAGAUAGCAUGGUAUCGGCAGGCAUACUUGCUACCCCUCUCCCAUGUGUCGCCUCGCACGAAGGAGCCGGUACCAUUAUCGCUAUCGGUUCCAGCGUAUCAGGUUUCAAGCCCGGAGAUCGUAUUCUAUGUAGCUUAACGUAUCAUCGUUGUGGCGUCUGUACUGAUUGUACUGGGCCCGAGCAUGACCGACAGUAUUGCGCUCAUAGUGGAGGGAAUCUGGGAAUAGUGAGAGAUGGAUCGUUUGCUGAGUAUGAGGUUGUAGAUGGGAGGGAGUGUAGGGGCGGCAUCGUCAGAGCGGGCUUAAAAGCAGGACAAUGGAUAGCAAUAGUAGGAGCUGGCGGAGGUCUAGGUCAUUUGGGGGUUCAAUUUGCCAAAGCACUAGGUCUCAACGUCAUUGCUGUUGAUGCCAGAGACGAAGCGUUACAACUUGCUAAAGAUUGUGGCGCUGAUUUAUUGGUAGAUGCACGUCAAGAUAAAAACAAAGUAAUAGAAGAUGUCCAAAAGGUCACGGGUGGCCUAGGUGCAGACUCGACUCUCAACGUUAGUGAUCAUAAGAGUGCUGCAGCAACAGCGGUCGCGGUUACAAAGAGGCUUGCUGACCCCAAGUUCGCCAAAAUAGACGGAACGAUGAUUCAGAUUGCUCAGCCCGGGAAGAUUAGCGUCCCAUUUGAAGAUGUGAUUUUUCGGGAUAUCAGAAUCCAUGGGAGUCUUGUUGGAUCCCGAGGCGAAGCACAAAAAAUGCUAGAAUUAGUAUCAAAGCACAACAUUAAAAUUCAAACAAACUCAUUCAAAGGCUUGGGAGAGAUUCCCAAAGCAGUGGAGCUCGCUCAUUCAGGCAGAAUGAAAGGAAAACCUGUCAUCAUAGUAGAUGACGAGGCCAUUGAAAGAGAGAAAAAGUCGGGACUACAAAUGAUUUGA